AUGAGCAGAGCGCUCCGGAUACCACUCGGCGCGCUGGUCUUUCUGGCCAGCGCGCUUAAUGCCGCUGCGCAUGGCGAACACGCCCAAGGUGACGGGCAUCAGAUCGUCAUUGCGCCGGACGCGGACUGGGCGACAAGACACAUGGCUGAGGAGCACCACAUCUCCGCCUUCGACGCCGGCACCUUCUUCACCCUCCAUGACUACGAUUCGACAGGCCUCUGGACAACCGUCGAUAUCCGGCGCACCUACGGCCUCAACGACCCCUCCAGCUCGCACAUCUCCGAAACUAAGAAGCAAAUGGUUGUGCAGACCGUGUUGGAUAUGUUCGACAUCAACAAAGACGGCGAGAUCUCGGCCUCGGAGUUCUACCAGAAAGACCACGAAGGGGUGAAAUUGCCUGACUUUGGGAUGGGACCGGGACAUCAUGGGGACGAUGAGUACGAGUAUGAGAUUCACCACUGGGAGAAGUAUCAUAGUGGGGAUGACGUCAAGGAAGAGGAUUUGAAUCAUCCAGAGGAUAUUGAGCAUUUUAGGAUGCAUGAGGAGCAGGAGAGGAAACAAGAGGAGUGGGAGAGGGCGGAGAGGGCAGGAAUUGUGGAGAAGAAUAUCCCGGCGAAGUUCAGGGUUAAUUGA